AAGCCGGAAGUACACAGAGGUGACUUCUCCCCGUCGCCCACUAAGCGCCAAAGUUUGAAACUUCUUGUUUUGGUGGAAGAACCCGAAGAAAAAUGGCGGAGAGAGAAAAGGUGUCUCAGUCCAAACACCGACAGAAGAAGGUGAACAACUGCACGUUCCAGUCGACCAGCGCGGACUCCACCUUCGAGAGCCAGAAAACCUGCCCGAGAAACGGCAACAACACGUUCGAGACGUCCAGCAUCAACUCCAGUGUCGUGGAGGAGAAGCUGUUCGGUCGGCAUGAGGAAGAGGAGGCUGAGGACGGACCGGUGCUCUUCAUCUGCGGGAAGUGCAAGUCUCCUGUGGGGGACUCGCUGUCCUGGGACGGAAGUGAGGAUGGACAGAACCAGAUCCGCCUGAAGAGGGUCACUGACAACGUCCUGGUUGGAAAUGACAGUCGACUGCAUGAAGCAGGCAAAGACUCGCUCUGUCUGAUCAUGGAUCUCUUCUGUCGAGCCUGUCACUCGGUGCUGGGCAUGGUUUAUACGUCCACGCCGAAGAAGCUGGACCACAAGAGGUUUGCUUUCUGUUUCAACGUCGCAGACAUCGACAGUUAUGUGCUGGGAUCGGCGAGCCAGAUGUUGGCAGCAGAGGGCCCCAAAGAGCAGCUGGUCACACUGGAGUACAGAGCUGUGGUUGAACAACAGCUAACGGAGAUGAAAAUGCUGGUCAUGUCCAUGUCACAGAGGUUGGAGGAGAUUGAAGCUGGGGUUCAGGACGGAUAUGAUGGAGUGUGACAGUGAUGGACGACAGCUGGACGUCUGAGUGGGUCCAGGUGUUGAACUUGUGUUUUUUUAAUUUAAUUUGAUCAUAUCCUCACCUCCACCUCUACCUUGACAUUAAUGCUUCCUCCUCUAAGUCUCAUUUCGGCCACAUUCCCCUCUGGCACGUCUUGUCCUAGCCUAACCUUGUGUAGGAACAGCACGGACACACUGUGUUCUGAUUACCGAUGGUGAAACAAAGACUCCCCGCACUUGUAAUCAAUCACGUUGUCAGCUCGUGCUCCUGCGGCUCGGGGCACCGUCUUCCCGGUGUGUCUCGGUGCCGAGUGAGUGUGCGCUGAGAGCAGAAUGUUUAUUUGUGCAGGAUUUCAUCAGGCGGGCUGCACACUCAGCACAACGCCGAUCGAUCGGGCCACUGGAGGCCACCAACACUUUUCUCUUUGUUCUCCUCCUCCAGUGUGAGGCCGUGAAGGUAGAUGGGAUCACUGGGAUAUAUUUUUUUUAUAUUGCUAGAACAGAGCAACAAUGAAUUUGUAUUGACAACAUUUUAAAUAAAAGACACACCCUGUUUAAUAUUAACUGCAACAAAAAUAUUUAGGAAAAAAAUACAAUUUGUCAGAAUUUAAAUAGACAGCUGUUUGCAUCCGUUCAUUUGUUGUUGUCACAUCCUUUGUUGAUUUAUUUUGUUUGUUCAGAGUUAUACCAGUUUGGUUUUGUCUUCUGUUAUGUUUGUGUAAUAAAAUGUUUUUCAACUGUUUCCACAAAUGA